ACCUGGAUGAGCGCUAAUUAUCUUUUACUUAACCCUGAAAAAACAGAGGUCAUUAUAAUAGGCCCUAAAAAUGCGAGAGACUCCCUAACUGACCAGAUAGUCACUCUGGACAAUGUGGGUGUAGCCUCCAGCACCACAGUUAGAAACCUAGGAGUUCAAUUUGACCCAGAUCUAUCAUUUAAACCACAUAUGAACCAAGCCUGCAGAACCGCCUUCUUCCACCUGCGCAACAUAGACAAAAUUAGAAAUAUUCUAUCUAAAAAUGAUGCAGAAAAAUUAGUUCAUGCGUUUGUUACAUCUAGAUUAGAUUACUGCAACUCCCUUCUCGUAGCAUGUCCUAAAAGCUCUCUAAAAAGUUUUCAACUGGUUCAGAACGCGGCAGCGAGACUACUAACAGGAACAAAUAGAAGAGACCACAUCACCCCUGUGCUCCAAGCCCUUCACUGGCUUCCAAUCCAGUUUAGAAUUAGAUUCAAAAUCCUCCUCCUCACAUACAAGACCAUUAAUGGUAUGGGCCCCUCUUAUCUCAGAGAUGCUCUGGUGCCGUACCAUCCCAACAGAACCCUUGGUUCUCAGAAUGCAGGUCUACUGGUAGUUCCCAGGGUCUGUAAAAGUACAGUAGGAGCUAGAGCCUUUAGUUACCAAGCUCCUGUUUUAUGGAAUCAGCUUCCAGUUAACAUUAAAGAGGCCGACACAGUCUCUACAUUUAAGGUCAGGCUGAAAACAUUCCUAUUUGAAAAACUCAUGGCUGCUGCUGUUAGAUCUGACGACCCAUAA